CUGCCGGAGACCACAUGGCUCCAAGAACCUCUAUGCACUAAGCAGCGAUCACAUCUGUGCCAGGACCACACUGAGCCCAGGAUCUGCUGGGAGCAGGGAUCACAACUGUCCUGAGAUCACACUGAGCCAGUGAUCUGCUGGGAGCAGGGAUCACAGCUGUACUGAGAUCACACUGAGCCAGGGAUCUGCUGGGAGCAGGGAUCACAUUUGUUCCAGGACCACACUGUGCCAGGGAUCUGCUGGGAGCAGGGAUCACAUCUGUGCCAGGGAUCUGCUGGGAGCAGGGAUCACAACUGUCCUGAGAUCACACUGAGCCAGGGACCUACCUGCUGGGAGCAGGGAUCACAUCUGUGCCAGGGAUCUGCUGGGAGCAGGGAUCGCAUCUGUCCUGAGAUCACACUGAUCCAUAUAACUGGCUGCAGCUGGCAGCGAUCUAAUCUGUUGUUGCAGAGAUCGGUCGGGCAGAGAUCGGUCGCAGUCGGGCAGAGAUCGGUCGCAGUCGGGCAUGGAGAACUCCAGGGGAAAGGGUUGAACUCUCAGUGAGAGGAAAGUUUGCAGCACUUGGGGCAGGGGAGACACUGAGCCUUUAUCCGGAGCCCCCCCCCCUGUGCCCCCCGGCUCCCAGCACACAGUGCUGCCGCUAUUCGGAGCUCCGGAGACAGACCUGGUCCCGGGAGAGCUGGAGAGAGCUCUGUGCCCCGCACCACUGGCAUCACCCUGCCCCCCAGGCACCAGGUCACAUGGAUGUGACUGACCCCCAGUGCUCCGGCCAGCCAGGUGGAGGCAUGGAUGUAGAAGAGGCCGGCAGCUGCUCCUCCUGGCAAUGAGCCUCCUGGGCUAGGUGUGGGCACCUCUGCCCUGCUCUGUGCCACUCUGUGGAUAUGGGAACCUCUCUGGUGGGGGGCAGCAGACUGUGUGUGAUUCUCUGCUGCUCACUCCUGACUUCUGUCUGCGCUCUGAUAGAUGCUGAUGAUGUCUUCACCAAAGAGGAACAGAUUCACCUGCUAUUUACAGAGAAAACAAAGUGUGAAAAAGACUUGAACUCUAAAUUGAAAGAUGGCUUUUGUCGGUCGGAAUGGGAUGGAGUCCUGUGCUGGCCCCCUGGAAGGCCGGGCAUCGUUGUCUCCGUGCCCUGUCCUGUGUACGUCUAUGAUUUCAACCACAAAGGUCACGCACAUCGGCGGUGUGACAUGAACGGAAGCUGGGAGCUGGUGCCGGGUAACAACAGAACGUGGGCAAGUUACAGCGAGUGCGUAAAAUUCUUCUCCAAUGAGACCAGGGAAAGGGACGUGUUCCAUCGCCUUCACGUGAUCUACACUGUUGGGUAUUCAAUCUCUCUGGGAUCCUUAACUAUAGCUGUCCUGAUUUUAGGAUACUUCAGGCGGCUGCACUGCACGAGAAACUACAUCCACAUGCACCUCUUCGUCUCCUUCAUGCUGAGGGCGAUCAGUAUCUUUGUGAAGGAUGCUGUCUUGUAUUCGGGAAACACUUGGGAAGAAAUAGAACGUUUCUCUGACUUCAAAUCGAUAACCGAGGCUCCUCCCGCAGACAAGUCUGAGCUUGUUGGGUGUAAAGUUGCUGUCACUUUCUUCCUGUAUUUCUUGGCCACCAAUUACUACUGGAUCCUCGUGGAAGGACUUUACCUGCAUUGUCUUAUAUUUAUGGCUUUUUUCUCUGAUAAAAAAUAUCUCUGGGGCUUCACACUGUUUGGCUGGGGUGUACCGGCUGUAUUUGUUACAAUAUGGGCACGAGAAAGAGCCACAUUUGCAGAUACAGCGUGCUGGGAUCUGAGUGCGGGAAAUUUGAAGUGGAUCAUACAAGGUCCUAUCCUUGCUGCUACAGUGGCAAACUUUUUUCUUUUUAUUAACAUUGUUAGAGUACUAGCAACCAAACUGAGAGAGACCAACGCCGGCCGAUGCGACACGCGGCAGCAGUACAGGAAGCUGCUGAAAUCGACUCUGGUCCUUAUGCCUCUCUUUGGCGUUCACUACAUUGUGUUCAUAUCUCUGCCGUACACAGACGUGUCGGAGGUGGUGUGGCACAUACAAAUGCACUACGAAGCCUUGCUGAACUCCUUCCAGGGAUUUUUUGUUGCCAUUAUAUACUGCUUUUGUAACGGAGAGGUACAGGCAGAGAUUAAGAAAUCAUGGAGCAGGUGGACAUUGGCGCUUGACUUUAAGAGGAAAGCUCGGAGCGGAAGCACCACCUACAGUUAUGGACCUAUGGUCUCUCACACGAGUAUUACUAAUGUAACCACACGGGGGACCUUGGCCUUACACUUAAACACAAGACAUGUAUCUGCGGCCCUGAAUGGCCACAGGAACUUACCAGGCUAUGUAAAAAAUGGCUCAAUUUCUGAAAACUCGAUACCUUCCUCAGGACCAGAGCAGUACAACAAAGACGAGGAAUAUCUCAACGGGUCUGGAGUCUAUGAUGCUGAUAGACCAGCAGCGGAGGUUGUAGAAGAAGAGAGAGAGACUGUCAUGUAAAUAUUUUCUCAAACAUCCAAAGCGGUCACGAAUUCGUGCGGGAUCAAUGGAUUGUAGGCACACAUUAUGUCAUGUGAUGACGAAGAUCUGAAUGUCAGUGAAGGCUGAUAACAUUCCAACCUUCACUUUCCAGAUCAGUUAGGAAGUACUUGGGUUUUUUUUUUGUUCCAACUGUUUUGGCGAACAACACAGAAAUAUCACCGCCGCACACUGUCAAUUCUAGGUUGUUCCCGCCACCACCAGAGCACAAGAGAGACAAUUACCAAGUACUUUGUGCGUUAAAACCAUAUUUAAGUGAUGUACCAGUUUGUUAUUUUUGAUGAUCUGUAUCGUUUUUUUUAAAUAUGUAUUUUUUAUUUUAUUUUUUUAUUUUUUUUUGCAAGACACUUAUUUAUAAGUCCUCUAUGUUAGAGAUGUGGAUUUAAAAACAUUGUGAAUGCAUUUCCUAGACGUUAAAAAAAAAAAGCAAAAAAAAAAUGACGCAUGAACAAUAGAUAAUUUGGGUCUUUAUGUCAGCUCGCCAAGGAUUCCGGUUCUGAUGUUACAUUGUAACAGCCCAGAAUGUGCGCUCACUACUAGCACCUGUUACUGUACAGUACGUGACAAACACGUGUAAUAACAGACUGCCAGGAGAGUAUACAGGACUGGGGCACAGGGCAAGGCAAUUAGAUUGCGGACCCAUCGGAACAAAGGUUGACCCCUGGCGGUCGGCUGACAAUUUUUUUCCGGAGCGGCUGCGUGUGAUGUCACGCAGCUGCCCUGAAAACAGUCAGGGCCUGACCCCGCUUGGGACACUCAGCCCCCCCCCCCAGUGCCGUGAUGACGCCCCUCCGACGGCUGCAGCUGUCAAUCAAACUGCGGCCGCAAUGUGUAAGAUCGCGCACGCACACAACGGCUGCUGGAUGCGGCCUCUGCGAGAGCCCACGCGGCUGUGUCCAGGUCUGAAUUAGGCCCACAGACAAUUCCAAACUUCUGAGAACCAUUUUCAGUAAAAUAGGUAAUAAUAAAAUUAAAGUGUUAACAACUUUAGUUAAAAAAGGCUAAUAAGUCCCCGCCUCAACUAUGCAAUUAGCCACUGACAAUGGGCAAGUACAUUGCAAAUUAACAUGUUAAUACAAGGUUGCUGAUUAUCAACUCCCUAAUUCUUGAGGGAAACCUAAUCAGCGACGCAUUAUUCAUUUCUGCCUCAGGAAAAGAAAAAAGUUUGUUAGAGAAAAUUAAACUGUACGAUAAAUAGGCAGCCGAAGUGCUGCUGAUAUAUUUUCAUUAAUAUAUGAAUAAUGGAAAUUCUAAAAAAAUAAUAAUAUAUUUAAACAAUUAAAUAUGCGUAUGUAGAUAAAAGUCAAUUGUAUACAACAAAUGCAUUGUGUACAAUACACGAGCAUCACUAGUUACUCUAAGGACCAAGUGCAAGUUUUCUUUUUAUUUGUAAUACACGUAAUUGAGGAAUAUGUGAUUUGUCGAGCGGACACCCUGUUCUGUUCCCGCGCAGUAAGCAGUCGACUGAUUGGUUCAAUUGUUCGCUUCGGGAAUUGUGAAUGAUAAAGAGAAAGCAAAUGAACAAAAAAAUGGAGACUUGUAUGAAAUUGAUUUCAAAAUCAGGGCAAAAUAAUAAAAAAAAUGUAAGUCAAUUGCAACAGUUUUAAAUAUAACGUUGUUGGUAAGCAGAUACAUUUUUGCUUUUACCUAUGGCCGAAUCUAUUAAAAAUGAACAAGUCUCGUUACUUUUAGAUUUUAAAUGGUCAUUGUAUCAAUAUUCAUUAUGAAAGGUCAGUACAGGUAAAUAUAUGCCUGCAAGUUACACUUUAAAUGUAAUAUAUUAAACAUGUAAAAUGAAGAACAUUUUUAUCCCACUUCUAAACAUGUCCACCUGUAUGCUGCAUCAAACACAUUUUAUAAAGAAUAAAUAAAUUUUAUGCUGGAAAA